AUGUUUGAAAUGAAAUAUGCUGAUAAUGGAGACGCGCUGAUGUUGGCAAACAAGAAUCGUGUGGCAAGUAAGAAAAUCUUCGAACAACUGCAACAGUCAUCACGUACAUCAACUCACAUUACUGAAGGCCAUAUGUUACACAGGCAACCCUCUGGCGCACAGAAAAGAAUACGACAGCGACAGGAACAAAAAUGGUUAAAAGCUAUUUCGGCAAAUGUUAACUCGUACGAUCUGGAACAUGGCCGUGCGCAGUCAGGAUCAGAAAAAGGUACUUAUAGAUCCUUGAUUGAUUCUGGCGGUUACAAAUCAAUUUUGCCAGAAGAACUGUCUUUCCCCGUCUCUUCUCCUAUCGCAUCUUUGUCUAGGAAUAGCUUUUUGCGUUCAUCAUCAACAACUCCUAUAGGUAAGAAUAGUUCCACUUCAUCGACGUUUACGCCUGUUGCAUUUCAAAACAACACCGGCAUUGCUUCGUCAACAGUUACGAGUGGUAAACCAACCGUACAGGUAUAUCCGAUGCCAUCAAACUUACCAGCCAAUAAUAUAGUUAGUACUGUGGUGACAUCAACAAGUAGUACUAAUAUUGAUAUUACAUCAGAAAAAAUGCGCGAAAAACCGGUGGUACCAAAGAAACCAGCAAGGUUAAUCCUGUCUUCGGCAUCUACUCCCAUCGAAACUGCUCCAGUAACUCCACUUUUGAGUAUAUCGAGUUUUAACCUCUUUUCAGUUUCAGCGCAGUCAUCACCGUCAGGUAGCAAUAGUUUUCGUCUAUUUUCCACUCCAUCCUUUAUUUCUCUUCAUACUGCCCUGAUGCAGUCCAGUUUAACAGACGAAGAAGUUGAACAGCUCGAAACAAAACGUAAGAAGCUAAUCGAAUCAAUUUCGCGCAAAAUUAUAAUAUUGGACGAGGAGCGAAAUGCGAUUGAUGAAGACUUUAAUCUAAACGAAGUUCUGAAAAAUGAAGUGUUCAAUGACUUAACACUAACUGGUGAUCCGGCUGUUCUGGAAAAAAUCGAAAAAAAUCUCUCACAAAAUUCACAGUUGUGUAGACUUGAAACAAGGUUACGGAUGCAAUUGGAUCGCCUACACUCAGUUGCAAUGAGUAAUGAAAAUAUUGAUAAAGAGCUUAUUAGUGCUCGCAUUGAGCGUCUAAAACGACAGCUUGAUGACCAGACUGUACUGAGAAAGGCUUUCGAUAGACGUGACGCUGAAGUUGAUAGAUAUAUCUUUUCAAUGUUGAAUGACGAGCGAAGGUCACAAUGGAGGAUUUAUAAAGAAACUUGGAAACGUCUAACAACGGAACGACAAGAAAUUGACGAGCGGCUCUUUCUUGGACGUGAACAAAUUAGUGCCUUACGAAGUGUGCAACCACAUAUCUAA